GUAGGUUCUGUUUGUCCCAACUGACUUGCCGUAUAAAUGUGAAUUGUAUUUUGUUAGCUAGUUAGUCAGCUUUUUAUUAACUUUGUAGUUUGCUAUCUAACAUGCUUUUUUUCAGGAAGUUUGGCUAGCUACCUCAAAAUCUAGUUAAUCUCCGCACUGGUCCGUGCUCUUUUUGUGAUGAUAUGUAAAUGUAUGUUAGUAGUAGGCUAGUAGUAGCUUCGCGGAUUCUGCCGUUUGUUUUUGCAUAAACGAGGAGAGGGAAAUUAGUUACAUGAAAACCUUCUGUUUAGUAAUAUCUACCUAAUGAUGUGUAGUUUGUGUCACGAUAUCUACCUAGUCUAUCUAUUAGUUUACGUUACUGAAGAAUGUUCAAACAAUUCAACUCGUCAACGCCAGCAAACGACUACAGUACAGUUUGACUUGGAAGAAUGGGUUUGAUUAGCCGUCUCACCACCCGUCUAUCAGUGUUGUUAAUGCUGGCUUUGUUGAUGUGUUAUCUAAGCCUGUGCUUCCAGCCUCAGCAUCAAACACACGUUCCCACAUUGUCCAAAGGAGCCUCACUCAUCGCCAGGUUCAGCAAACCCAGUGAAUCUGAAUGCAGCUUGCCUUUGGAAAGCCGAUUCAACUGUGCCAGAGACCGGGUCUUGAGCCAGACAGAGUGUGAGGAAAGAAGUUGCUGCUAUGCCCCUAUUCCACAUGCAGUGCCGGGAGCCCCUUGGUGCUUCUACCCCCCAUCCUACAGUGGGUACAGAAUGGGGCCCCUCAUCCCCACCUCCAGGGGCCUGGCUGCCACUCUGAAGAGGCCCGCUCCCUCCUACCUUCCCAAAGACAUCCCCACUCUUAGACUGGAGGUGUUGGAGGAGACAGCAGGAAGGCUGCACCUCACUUUGAAGGAUCCAUUAACUCAGCGAUAUGAAGUUCCACUGGACCCUGGCCACGCCAGCAGAGGUGCCGACCCCCUUUACAUCACUGAAUUCCAGCCUGACCCUUUCGGCUUCAUUGUGCGCCGCAGGUCUAAUGGCCGGGUCCUUGUGAACACCACAGUGGCUCCGUUGCUGUUUGCUGACCAGUACCUGCAGCUCUCCACGUCCCUGGCCUCUGGCCUGGUGUCUGGGCUUGGGGAGCACUACACUCUCCUGAACCUGGAACUCAACUGGACCUCCUUCACCCUGUGGAACAGAGACAUGGCACCACAUAGUGAUGCCAACCUGUAUGGGUCCCACCCCUUCUACAUGGUACAGGAGGAAGAUGGCCUGGCUCACGGAGUCUUCCUGCUCAACAGCAACGCCAUGGAGGUGGUAUUACAACCCACUCCUGCUCUUACCUGGGUGACUGUUGGCGGGAUCCUGGACCUGUAUGUGUUCCUGGGACCAGAUCCUCAGAGCGUGGUCCGACAGUACCUUCAAGUUAUAGGUCAUCCUUUGAUGCCUCCGUACUGGGCCCUGGGGUUCCACUUGUGUCGCUGGGGUUACUCAUCCACAAAUGCCACCAGGGAAGUGGUCAGACGCAUGCACCAAGCCAACUUCCCCCUGGACGUGCAGUGGAAUGACCUGGAUUACGCAGACAAGCGCAGGGUGUUCACCUUUGACCCCCGCCGUUUCGGGGAUCUUCCAGAGAUGGUGGAGGAGCUGCAUCAGAAGGGAAUGAAGUACAUUCUCAUCCUGGAUCCAGGCAUCAGUAGCAGUAGCCCUGCCGGUACCUACCCGCCCUUCGACGAGGGCCAGAGGAGAGGAAUCUUCAUCAGGAACGCCACCGGCCAGACCCUCAUAGGGAAGGUGUGGCCUGGCCCGACAGCUUUCCCGGACUUCACCAACCCGGAGACAAUUUUGUGGUGGGAGGACUGCAUCAGAGAGUUCCACUCCAGGGUCCCUGUCGACGGCCUGUGGAUUGAUAUGAAUGAGCCAGCCAGUUUUUUGCCAGGCUCAGUAGAGGGAUGCCCUGACAGUGAUCUGGAAAGCCCCCCCUUCGUGCCAAGGGUGGUUGGAGGCAAGCUGAACUCAGGCACUCUCUGCAUGUCAGCACUGCAGAACAUGUCCUCCCACUACAACCUUCACAACCUCUACGGCCUGAGCGAAGCUAGCGCCACCCACAGUGCCCUGGUGAGGGUGCGUGGGGCGCGACCCUUCGUCCUGUCCCGCUCCUCCUUCCCUGGUAUUGGCCGCUUCUCUGGAGUGUGGACUGGGGACGUGCAAAGUGACUGGGAACAGCUCCGGUUCUCCAUUCCAGCGGUGCUGUUGUUUGGCCUGUUUGGAGUGCCCCUGGCAGGUGCCGACGUGUGUGGGUUUGGGGGGGACACCACGGAGGAGCUGUGUGUGCGCUGGAUGCAGCUGGGAGCGUUCUACCCCUUCAUGAGAAACCACAACGACAAGCCCAACGCUCCCCAGGAGCCCUAUGUGUUUGGGCAGAAGGCCCAGGCAGCUAUGCAGAGUGCAGUCAUGCUGCGUUACUCUCUCCUGCCCUUCCUCUACACCCUCUUCCACCACGCUCACACCUCUGCAGACACCGUGGCCAGGCCUCUCUUCCUCGAGUUCCCCUCUGACCCGAACAGCCAAACCAUCGACAGACAGUUUCUGUGGGGGAGUUCUCUUCUCAUCAGCCCAGUGUUGGAGCAGGGGGCAGAGGAGCUGGCUGCUUAUCUCCCCCCAGGGACUUGGUACAGUCUGCACAAUGGCCAACCAUUCUACAGCCGAGGCCAGUACCUGCUCCUCCCAGCUCCCCUAGACACUAUCCAAGUCCACGUGAGGGAGGGACACAUCAUCCCACAGCAGGAACCAGCAUUGACUACUUCAGAUUCACGCAAUAACCCAUUCCUCCUGACGGUGGCGCUGUGUGCGGGAGGCUGGGCAUGGGGCGACAUGUUCUGGGACGAUGGGGACAGCCUGGACACCUUUGAGAAGGGAGACUACUCCUAUGUCAUCUUCAUCGCUGGGCAGUCCCAGGUAGUGAGCGACCCCUUCAAGCUGAACGGAGGUCUGGAUGGUCUGGUGCUGGGGGGGCUGCGGGUGUUCGGAGUUCUCCUUCCACCCCGCAGCGUGUGGGCCAACGGGGAGAAGGUCAUGGACUUCACGUACUGCUCAGACAGCAAGGUUCUGACUGUGACCCAUCUUGCUCUACCCAUGUCUGAGGUUUUUACAAUCCAGUGGACUCUAUAACCCAGUGCACUUCAUUACGUAGUAGCCGUUUGGAAUCCAGAGGUUCUGUUUCGGAAUUCUUCUUGCUUAGCUAUACCCUCACCUCUCAAUCCUUGUUCACUGCUGCUCUUAAGAGAAGACAUUGCACCUACUGUUUGUUUCAGAGAUGACUGUUUCCUUAAUUUGUUUCAGAGAUCAUUGUUUUUUUGUAAAUUACAUUUCUAUUGCAUUGAAGUGUCUAGAUGAAACACGAUUGUAGUGUACAGUGUAUAUAUGGAUAUGCUACAGUAAAACUGAAUUCAUCUUUCUCCAUUU